GUCGGUUGGCUUUACUGGAACAUUCAUGCUGACGCUGUUUCCGAGGCAAUCUUCUUCGAUUCUGGUCAAAAGUUGCUUCUUCGUGUUCUGGUGGAAGCGAGCUUCGAAUCUCUUCACCCAACACUUCUUACUGGAAAUGGAAGUAAGCUCAACAAUUAUGCAACAAGAGAUUCCUCGAAACCCAACUGUUAUUUGCAUAUUCCUUUGUUGAAUCGUAAACGAGACCUCGUGGCCAGAGAGGCUCUGCCCCGGUACGUCUGGGCCAGUUUUUCUCUCCCGCAUCCUCUGCCCGGGCGCCAUUGGACACGAGUUAAUGUGAAAGGAAUGGCUCUCCACCAGCCUACAGUUGCAAUUGCCCAACAAAUAGGGAUCCUUCAGCGUGUCUGA